GUGUGGGUCCCAUAAAUGAUCUACGCCUCAGAUAUCAUUGAACACUUGGAUCGUCUGUCUCAUCCUGAAAGCUUCGUUCUGGAUAAGACGAUAAGGCCACGUGGCAGAAACCCAGCACCACAACAGUCUCCAUACUCCAAUUCAAGCAAUCCACUCAUAGACUCGGUCAUACUUCCAAUCUCCCCCGCGACAAUGGCUUCAGCCACAGCCACUGCCACUCUCCUCACCCCAACUCCUCCGCCGCUCAAAUCCUCCGCCGUCUCCAUCGCCGCCUCCGCCUUCGACUAUGCCUCCGCCACUCCUCGGCGCCAACAACAGUCACUCCGCCGCCGCCGAGACUUCAUAUCCCUCUCCCUCACCGCCACCGCGGUGGCGGCGGCGCUUCUAUCGCCGGGAAAGGCGAUGGCGGCGGACGAGGAGUACGUGAAGGAGACGGAGGAAGUGAUAAACAAGGUGAGGACGACGCUGACGAUGGACAAGAACGAUCCCAACGCCGCGGCGGCGGUGUCGGAGCUCAGAGACGCGUCGAACUCGUGGGUGGCCAAGUACCGGAAAGAGAAGGCUCUUCUGGGAAAAGCGUCGUUUCGGGACAUUUACUCGGCCUUGAACGCCGUCUCCGGACAUUACAUCAGCUUCGGUCCGACGGCUCCGAUCCCGUCGAAGAGGAAGGCUCGUAUUCUCGAGGAGAUGGACACUGCUGAGAAGGCUCUACUGCGAGGGAGAUGAACAGUACACCGGCCCAGUUCGUGUUCUUGAUUUCUCUUUUUUACUUAUUUAAUUAUGAUUUUUUUUAUAUAAAUGGAGUUUAACAUGGAAAUGAGCU